AUGACUUUGCUUCUACAAUUUUCUCUUUGGCCUAUACGUAUUAUAUGUCCAUUAUUAAUUAUUUUAUGUCCAGUUGCAAAUUGGAUAUGUAUAUCAACAUUUCAAUCACGUAUCUACCAUCGUUCAUCAUCGAAAUGGUAUUUUAUAUUUAUUGCUAUAUUCGAUACAAUUUAUGUACUUAUUACAGCACCUCUUAUAUUUUUAAUAACAUUCGAAAUCUAUAUUUUAAAUUGGAAUAUAAUUUUAUGUAAAUUAAUUGUUUUUCUUAAUUAUUUAUCUUGUCAAAUCUCAGCUGGUUUAUUAGCAUGUUUAUCAAUUGAUCGUCUUAUAGCGACAACAUGUUUAUAUUUAUAUCGUUAUAAUUGUACAACUAAUAUAUCAAAAUAUGUUUGUAUAUUAGUUAUAUUAAUAUUAUCAUUAAUAAAUUCACAUUAUCUAAUUGGUUAUACAAUUGAUCAGAAUGGAUAUUGUAGUGCAAGAUAUUAUAAAUGGUAUGAAAAUAUCUAUUCACAUUUAAAUAUCGUUUAUUUAUUAUCAUAUUCUAUAAUACCAUUUACAAUCAUAACAAUAUGUAAUUUAUUUAUUGUUAUAAGUGUUUAUCAAAAUAAAGCCAAUAUGAAAAGAAAAUAUUUACUGAAAAAACCAAUUCUAUCAUUAAAUAAUCAAAAUGAUCAAACAAUUAUAAAUUCGUCUCCCUAUUGUUUACCAACAACAUUGGAUAGAAAAGAAGAUACUAUAAUGAAUAAUAAUAAUAAAUUUCAACAAUCUUCGAAUCAAAAUAAACGUCAAGUAUUUGUAACAAUGAAUGAAAAUGAAACAGUAAAUAAACUAAUUGAUGCUGACAAUGAAUGCCGAACAGAACGAUAUAAUCGUUUUUCACAAAAUUUAUUACUGGAUGGUGAAGAAUUAGUUGGUCCUAUUGAAACACCACCUAAACGACAAAAUUCUUCAAUUUCUGCGGUGUUUCGUAAACGUUCAUCAACAUCAACAACAUAUUCUCAAAAAAUGUGUGUACAAGUACAAAUAACAUUAAGUUUAUUAGCUAUAUCAAUUAGUUUUAUAUUUUGUACAUUACCAAAUUGUAUAUCAACAAUAAUGAUUCAAACAUAUAAUCAAAAUGAACAAGUAAGAAAAUUUUGGCAAGCAAUGAAUUAUUUCUCAAUUGUACCAUUACUUAUUACACAUUCUGUUAAUUUAAUUUUUUAUUAUUUAUCAUCGCAUAUGUUUAGAACUCGUGUGAAAGAAAAUUAUUUUAAGAAAACACGUUUAACAAGUCACUUUUCAUUGAGAUCGUUAUUCAAAUCUUAA